GGUCGGUGCAGUCGACUCACACCUACCCUUUGAGUCGUUAAAACGCGCUCUGGGUGGGAACCGAUACCGGGCUGCGAACCCUGUACCUACCAGCCUUGUGUCCGAGGGCUCAACCACUACACCGCCGAAUAAAGCGAAUGUGCGUAUCUUGUGUUGCUCAGUAUACAUGGGACUUCAAGUGUUUGCCAGACGCGGAAGAGUUUUGGCUACACAGUCGUUAUCCUAGCGUUCGAGAUAUGUACUGUUUCUGAUUCGCAUAAAACACGCAUGAAGCGUGUACAAACACGAGAUAGCUAUAAAUACUGGAUUUAAAAACAGAGUUUAAGAAAGAUACGGUAACGGGCAAUUUAAGGUAACAUACUAACUGUUGAUGGCUACUUAGAAAGAGACACGAAGUACCUGAUGAAUUUGGUUUGUUCAGAAUCGCGAUGGGAAGUGCAGCCAAAUGGACAUGAUACUUGACAACUGGCACUGACGGAAAUAUAACAUGUUUGACCAUCAUCAUCAUGAAAUACAAAACGUGCUUUUUCUCUCUUGUUUUGGGAGCAGCGUCGAUGAUAUUCGUUCAGUUAUCAUUAUCGAUAUUGUCGGUACGUUACCAUUGGCAACAUACCAACAGUACGAUUAAAACGUACGCGACAACACGUAGGACUGCUAACCAGAACGUUACCAUGCAACCGACGACGGUAAAAAGCGGCGCUUUAAGCGGGAACCUGUCUGCGUUAUUUUCAAAAUGGCGGCUCAAGAAAUCGACUGAUCUUCUUCUAACGAUUGGAAAUAUUGGACGAAUGGGAAACUGGAUGUUUCAAUAUGCGUCUUUGCUUGGAAUUGCCGCAAAGAACGACAGGAGGCCUUUCGUGCCACUGUCUAACCCAUUACUCAAACACUUCAAGCUUUCGUUUGUGGAAUCUCACAACAAAAAACCAAACUGGGUCACAUUGUCGGAACAAUGUUACGCUUGCUACGACAGCAAGAUGGAAAAACUGCCGAAGAAAAACAUUUCGCUGUCGAAGUAUUUACAGAGUUGGAGGUAUUUCGAAGACAUUCGGGAGUUGGUUCGACGAGAAUUCACUUUCAAACCGAGUAUCGACAGAGCGGCUAUGGAGAAGUUUAAGCAACUUUUUCAGAAUAAAACCAAACCGGUCAUAGCCGUUCACGUGAGACGAACGGAUAUGACGACACCAACGGAGACGAGAAUGGGAUACGUGACAGCUCCGUUGUCGUACGUCCAGAAUGCAAUGACGUACAUGAGACGUCGCUACGGCAACGUCACGUUUCUGCUGGCGAGCGAUGACGUCAAAUGGUGCCGCGAGAAAUUCGCCAAGAGCCAUGACGUCAUCGUGAUUGAUAAAGGCGAUGCCGCGGUUGACAUGGCGACGAUGUCGUUGUGUGAUCACAUGAUCAUGACGGUGGGGACGUACAGCUGGUGGACAGCGUGGCUGAUCAACGGACACACAGUUUAUUUCAAAGACUACCCAAAUCCGGGGAAAACCAUUUCUCGAGGAUUUAAAAAAGAAGACCACUUUCUGCCUGGCUGGGUGCCAUUAGGAUCCUAGCACUAAACUGUGUCGGUGUCAAUUGUUAGAUAGAGAAUAAUGAACGAGUUAACAGUUAUGAUCAAAUUUACGUUCCGAGUGAAAUCUUUUUUUUAUAUGGAAACUAUUUCACAAGGGGCAUAAAUUCGACAAUAACUGAUACCGAUAUUUCCAUUUUGUUUUAUAUUUAUGUCCCGAAUGAAAUAAUUUUCAAUUUACACAAGUUUUAGCGCGAGAUAAUGAAUAUUAUUUUACAAGUUUCAUACCCUUUUUAUAACCAAUUAUGGAUUUAAUUUAUAACUUUGGGAAGAAAAAACCUAAAACGAACUAAACGCUUUCUUUCUUUGGAAAUGGCCAGUGAAAUAAUGUACGACAUCCAUGGACUAGGCGUAGUAUGCCUGAUACCGGCCUCGGUGGUAUCGUGGUUAACCCAUCAGACAUAAGGCUGGUAGGUACAGGGUUCGCAACCCGGUACCGCCUCCAACCCAGAGCGAGUUUUAACGAGACAAUGGGU